AUGUCCUCCACCGACGCUCCUUCCACCGCUGCCGCGACCGCUCCUGCCCCAGCCCAAGACACCCCCGCCGCUCCUUCCACCACCACGACCGCCACCACGGACGACACUUCUUCCAAGCGACAGGCUGAAGAAGCUCCGGCCCAAGAGGCCGAGGCCAAAAAGUGGGUCCUGUCGUCGCGAGGGUGGGACGGGAAUGCGGUUUGGGCAAGUGCCCCCACCCCUCCCACCCGCGCUUCGGCUUGGGCGCUCUCUCCCCCAAGUCAUAUUUUGAUCCUUGGUCUCUCUCUUCACAGAGUCAAAGCAGACGAGCCCAAACCCGAAGCUGCCCCUGCCGAAGCCGAGCCCGAACCAACGGCCGCUUCGACGACCGACGCUCAAGUCGACGAGGAUGCCGCCGAAGCCAGUGGUCAGCCCCAACAUAUUUUUUUUGACCCCUUACUUGCUUUCGGUGAUGACGACCGUCUAAUCGUCGUGGGCGAUUUCGCGUUCACAGCCGAAUUGUCGCACCUCGAUCAGAGCAACAUCAUCGAGGGGCGCCGUACGCGUGAGUUUGAUGAUUCUUCGGGCUGUGGGGAUCAUCUCGGACGAGCGACACUUUGUACUAAUCGAGUGAACAUGAUCGGUUGUGCUUGAUUCCACAACAGGCGGCAAGAAAAUCGAUUACAGUGCGUGUUGAUCCUUUUCCGUCUCCGUCAACUAGGAGCCGAACUAACUCGAGUCCCUCCCUCUGCUGCCCCUAGCCAAAGUGCCUAUGCCCCCAGCGACCGAAGACGACGAUGACGAAGACGAUGACGAUGCGGUUAUCCCGCAGGACAAAGCCGACGAUGAUGAAGACGAGGAGGACGAGGAGGACGAUGAUGAGGAGUAA